AUGUCAAUGGUUGGGUUAGAGUCAGCUACUUCUCUAGGCUCUACCGUUAUUCUUCCUCCUGUUUCAGCAUCAACUUCUAAAUUAGAAGAUAUUAAUCCACAUUUUUCUACUUCUCAUCAUUUAAAUAAUACUUAUCAUCCUCAUCAUCAUAAUAUUCAUACUUUAUCACAUCAUCAUAUUAUAAAUCCAAAUCAACAAAUGUUACAAUCUUAUCAACAACAACCACCUCAAGAUUUUUAUCUUCCAACUGAAUUAAUUCAACAACAACAACAAAUAACUCAACAACCAACUGGAACACAAAGAUCUGGUAAUAGUAGAAGAAGUAACGCUAAUACAUUAUCACCUGUUGAUCAAGAAAAUUGUCCUGUAUGUGGUGAUAGAGUUUCAGGAUACCAUUAUGGUUUAUUAACAUGUGAAUCAUGUAAAGGAUUUUUUAAAAGAACUGUUCAAAAUAAAAAACAAUAUCAAUGUUCAGCAGAUCAAAAUUGUCCAAUUGAUAAAACAUGUAGAAAAAGAUGCCCACAUUGCCGUUUUAAAAAAUGUAUUGAUAGGGGAAUGAAAGUUGAAGCUGUUCGAGAAGAUAGAAUGAGAGGAGGUAGAAAUAAAUUUGGUUCUUAUUACAAACGUGAUCGUGCACAAAGAAUGCAAAGAAUUGCUUUGUCAUCAGGAGCAAAUAAUGCAUCCGUUAUAAAUACAUCUUUAUCUCCAACAUCAACUAAUUCAUCUUCUGCCGGCUCAACUACAGGGUCUUUUCAAGCAACAUCUUCAACUACUAGUAAUACUACGAGUACCACUGACGGAAUGGUUAAUAGAAGUACACCGGAAAACUCUUCACAAUUAUCAUACUUUGACAAUACCGAGGGAAAAAUAAAACAAGAAUAUGAUCUCUUGAUUCAGUCACCAACUCUUUCUAAUUCAACACAUUCUUCAUCAAAUGUUAGUGAUUUUGUUAUGCAUAGACCAACACCAAAUUAUAUGCAAAGUGAUAAUAUUGCAGCACUUCUUGGAACAAAUGUUGAUUCACAAGGAAAUCAAUUAUCAAAUACAACAUUUCCCGUAUAUGCUUGUAUUAAAUCUGAACAUUUUGAACCAUAUAAUCAAAGAUCAAAUCAACAAAAUUUUAUGGAAACUUUUAUGCCAACAUCACAAGGUCAUAUAUCAUAUGCAAAUAUGACACCAAUAACAACUAUACAAUCAAAUAUUGCUUCUAGUAUCAAUAAUGCAUCACCAUUACUACCUAUUUGUCCACUUCCUACAGAAACAACAAUUGAUCAAGUAUUUUAUUCAAGACCCAAAACUACUAAUAUAUUGGAUGAAUUAUCAAAAUCAUUAGAAAAUUGUUCACCUGUCUAUCAUCUUCUUCAAAAACAAACAAAUAAUAUAUCAGAUAGAUUCCAAUAUAGUGUAUCUGUUAUUGAAGAAUCAUUAAAUUCAUUAGUAUCAUGGGUUAAACAUGUCCCAUAUUUUGAUAAACUUCAUAUGGAUGAUCAAAUGAAAUUAUUAUAUAGUUCCUGGUCAACAAUACAUUUAAUUGAUUUUACAUUUGCUAUCAUUAAUAAUGAAGUUCAUCCAGAACUUAAUUUUGAUGUUAAUGGUUUUCGAAUGCCUACAGCAUUUGUUGGAUUACUUGGUUGUGAAUCAUUACAACCAAAAUGGGAUGAAUUAGUACAUAGGAUGCAAAGUCUACGUUUUGAUCGUUAUGACUAUACGGCUGUUAAAUUUUUAGCUUUAUUUGAUGAAUCAUUGGUAUACGGUAACGGUGUUGGUUUACAUGAAAAUUUGAAAAAUAUUGCUUUGAUAAAAGAAAUUCAUGCAUCAAUACUUUAUUCUUGGGUUGAAUAUAAAGGAUUAAGUUUAAUUUCUGAAAAUGAUUUAAGAUCGUUAUUUACACAGAUACGAUCUCUUGCAAGGCAAGCUCAAAAGUUCUUAUAUACGAAAUAUCAAAUGGGCCAAAUUGAUUGUUCAUUGUUAAAAGAGAUGCUUCGCAGUCAAGAAGACAAUAAUCCUCAACAAGCUGUUUAUAAUUCCUUAUAA